CCAAAAGACGACCGACCCUCGCCCUCGCGUAUGCCGGUUUCGACCUCACUUUGCCCCGCUGUGCUGUACCGCCUCCCUCCUCUUCCCUCUCACCCCAAAUCCCAAACCUCCGCGCCCCCCUUCCGGCGGUCCCCAAAACCCUAGCCCGCCGCCGCCCCCGCCGAUCCCGCCGCCAUGGAUGACAGCCUCUACGACGAGUUCGGCAACUACAUCGGCCCGGAGCUCGCCGACUCCGACGCCGAUGACUCGGACGCCGCCGCCUCCCCGUCCCCCUCGCAGUCCCGCUCCCCCUCCCCGGCGCGCUCCCCGUCCGGCUCCCCCGGCUCCCGCCGCCCCGCCGCCCUCAUGGACGUCGACGACGACGACUACGCCGACGCCGCCCAGAACGCCGUCGUCCUCGCCGAGGACAAGAAGUACUACCCCACCGCCGAGGAGGUCUACGGCCCGGGCGUCGAGGCGCUCGUCAUGGACGAGGACGAGCAGGCGCUCGAGAAGCCCAUCGUCGCGCCGCCCCGCGUCGUCAAGUUCGAGGUCGGCACCCGCGCCGGCGCGACCUCCACCUACGCCUCCACCGAUUUCAUCCUCGGCCUCGCCUCCAACCCGCUGCUGGUCCGCAAUGUGGCGCUCGUGGGCCACCUGCAGCACGGGAAGACGGUGUUCAUGGACAUGCUCGUGGAGCAGACCCACGAGGUGGACACGUUCGACUCCGAGGGCGAGCGCCACAUCCGGUUCACAGACACCCGGGUGGACGAGCAGGAGCGCAGGGUCUCCAUCAAGGCUGUGCCCAUGUCACUCGUGCUUGAGUCGGGGAAUGGCAAGUCCUAUCUCUGCAAUAUCAUGGACACGCCUGGGCAUGUCAAUUUUUCCGACGAGAUGACUGCUGCGCUCAGGCUAGCGGAUGGGGCUGUGCUUGUUGUCGAUGCUGCUGAGGGCGUCAUGGUAAACACUGAGAGGGCGAUUCGUCAUGCAAUCCAAGAAAGACUUCCCAUCGUUGUUGUGAUUAACAAGGUUGACAGACUGAUAACAGAGCUAAAGCUACCCCCAAAUGAUGCGUAUUUUAAGCUACGACAUACACUGGACACAAUCAAUGAUCUAAUCUCAUCUUGUUCUACCACAGUAGGUGGCACUCAACUGGUAGACCCUGCUGCUGGAAAUGUUUGCUUUGCGAGUGGUUCUGCUGGCUGGUCUUUUACCUUGCAAUCGUUUGCGCAUCUUUAUUUGAAGAUUCAUGGGAUUCAGUUUGACCAUGAGAAAUUUGCAUCUCGUCUAUGGGGAGAUUUGUAUUAUGACCAUAACUCUAGAACCUUCAAAAAGAAGCCGCCAGCAGCAGGUGCUAAUAGGUCAUUCAUUGAGUUCAUCCUUGAGCCUCUGUAUAAAAUCUAUAGUCAGGUUGUUGGAGAGCAACAGAAAAUUCUUGAAAUAACUCUCGCUGACUUGGGUGUGACACUGAGCAAUGCAGCUUAUAAGCUUAAUGUUAGGCCUUUGCUGAGACUUGCUUGCCGCUCAAUUUUUGGCACUGCUACUGGUUUUACUGACAUGUUAGUGAAAAACAUCCCCAAUGUGAAGGAUGGUGCUGCAAGGAAAAUAGAACACAUAUACACUGGUCAACAAGAUUCCUCCAUUGUGGAUGCAAUGAAGAAAUGUGAUUCCCUUGGUCCUCUUAUGGUCAAUGUUACAAAACUGUAUCCUAAGCCUAACUGUAGUGUCUUUGAUGCCUUUGGACGAGUUUAUAGUGGCACAAUACAGACUGGUCAGGCAGUUCGGGUGCUUGGAGAAGGCUAUUCCCCCGAUGAUGAAGAGGAUAUGACUGUCAAAGAGGUCACCAAGCUGUGGGUCUAUCAGGCACGGUACCGUGUUCCAAUAAGUAAGGCCCCUGCUGGUUCUUGGGUUCUUAUUGAAGGCGUGGAUGCAUCAAUCAUGAAAACUGCAACCAUAUGUCCUAUGAACAUGGAUGAAGAUGUGUACAUAUUUAGACCUCUACGCUUCAAUACCUUACCUGUUGUGAAGAUAGCAGCUGAGCCUCUUAACCCGAGUGAGCUACCUAAAAUGGUGGAAGGUCUACGUAAAAUUAGCAAGAGCUACCCUCUUGCUAUUACUAAGGUAGAAGAGUCAGGAGAACACACUAUACUUGGGACUGGUGAGCUAUAUCUAGAUUCUAUAAUGAAGGACCUCAGAGAGCUUUACUCUGAGGUAGAAGUGAAGGUUGCAGAUCCAGUUGUGACAUUUUGUGAAACAGUUGUUGAUACUUCCUCUAUGAAAUGUUUUGCUGAAACACCCAACAAGAGGAACAAAAUUACCAUGUUAGCUGAACCACUAGAGAAGGGCUUGGCAGAAGAUAUAGAGAAUGGCCUCGUUAGCCUUGACUCGAGGCAGAAAGAAGUCACCGACUUCUUUCGCCAACGCUACCAGUGGGAUGUGCUUGCAGCAAGGUCAAUAUGGGCUUUUGGACCUGACAAGCAGGGUCCUAACAUUCUAUUGGAUGACUCUCUUUCGGUUGAGGUGGAUAAGAAUUUGCUGAAUGCAGUCAAAGAUUCAAUUGUUCAAGGGUUUCAGUGGGGGGCUAGAGAAGGCCCCUUGUGUGAUGAACCAAUUAGGAAUGUGAAGUUCAAGAUCUUAAAUGCAAAUAUCGCUCCAGAACCAUUGCACCGUGGAGGUGGCCAAAUAAUCCCCACCGCUCGUCGGGUUGUCUACUCAGCAUUUCUAAUGGCUAAUCCUCGACUAAUGGAGCCUGUUUAUUAUAUUGAGAUCCAAACUCCAAUUGACUGUGUGUCUGCUAUAUAUACGGUCCUGUCACGGCGACGUGGCCAUGUGACAGCCGAUGUACCCAAGCCAGGCACUCCAGUAUAUGUUGUCAAGGCAUUUUUACCUGUCAUAGAGUCUUUUGGGUUUGAGACAGAUCUCAGAUACCAUACACAGGGACAAGCAUUUUGUGUGUCAGUGUUUGACCACUGGGCUAUUGUUCCUGGUGAUCCUCUUGACAAGGGCAUUGUUCUCCGGCCUUUGGAACCAGCACCUAUCCAACACCUUGCCCGUGAGUUCAUGGUAAAGACCAGGCGAAGGAAGGGCAUGAGCGAGGAUGUUAGCAUCAACAAGUUCUUUGACGAGGCCAUGAUGAACGAGCUGGCGCAACAGACUGCAGAUAUCCACCUGAUGAUGUAGUUUGACGAUGGAAGUCCAUUGUUCUGGUGCGCUGGGAACAUAUCAAGUACUUUCAUGGGGCUAUCAUGACGCGAUCUUCAAGGAGACGCAAUUUGCCGCGUUUUGAUGGUGGGUAUUAUUAUUAUUUGUAACAGAUCAUUGUAGACUGAGUACCAUCUGUAGUCAUGUAUGUACUAUCGCUCUAACAUCUACGCCGUCUAACCAGUUAGUGUAACCAUCGACAGAGAGCUGAGACUUGUGGUUGAUUUUUGAUAGGCGAUGGCAUUUCCAGGGACAAUAAUGCCUUUACUUGUUUGAUCCUUUCUUCACAAAUUACAACCAUUGUAGCACCGAGCGCCUUUUCAAGUUUCUGGAGGAUAGUUCUGUUUCUUGCCAUGCCUAUUUGAUCUGUGUUUUUAUCAGGAUGGAUUACUGGACGUAAUGUGCUUUCGUGGUAAACUCUUGUGAGGUGGUG